GCGGCCAGAGCAGCCUGAGCUCCCCGGUGCCCUACAUGGAGAAGCGCGUCGAGGUGACGGGGGGGAGCAGCCACACCCAGGAACUCUUCUCCACCACCCAGAACACCACGACAUUCUCAGCCUGGCUGGAGAGCCUCCACGCCAGCCCCGGCCUGGUCUCCUACUCCCUGGCGCCCAUCCACACUCUGGUGGGGCCGGGAGACCCCCGGCAGGAGGCGCUGAGGCAGGCAGUGAAGGAGUACGUGGCUGAGCGGGGGCUGAGGAGGAGGUGCCCACAGCACUGCCCAGAAGGCGGCUCCGUCGACUCCUGCAAAUGUCACUGCUCCAGCAGCUCCCUCACCGACUCCACGUGCUGCCCCCUCCGGCGGGGCCUGGCCCGGCUCAGUGUCCACGUGCAGUGGGGCAGGGACCUGUGGGGGGACCACAUAACUGCCACCGAUGCCUACGUCAAGGUCUUCUUCCAAGGCCGCGAGCUGCAGACGGGCCACAUUGACAACGACAACAACCCCGAGUGGGACCACGACAUGGACUUCGGGGAGGUGACGCUGCCGGUGUGGCCUGAACUGCACGUGGAGGUGUGGGACAAAGACCGGUGGGAAGACGACCUGCUGGGAACCUGCAGCGCCCAUCUCAAGGCUGUCCGGAGGGGCAUGCUCCUCUGCCACCUGGAAUGGGGCCAUGUGGUGUUUUCCUACUCGCUGGAGUGCAGGCCCCACCUGGGGGGGGACAGCUGCUGGGAGUACGUGCCGGUGAGGGGCUAAGGUGGCGGGGCAAGAGGAGGCCAGCGGGCCAGAUUCACCCCUCCAAGGCACCGGAUCUGGCCUGUGGCUGCUUCGCUGGGACCCUUGUGCACAGAGCAGCUCACACUUGAACAUCCGGCUGCUCUCUGCUCCGGACACUGGGCAGGGGCGGGAGGCGGGGAUGGAGCAGGGACUGUGUGAAUUCUGCUUGCUUCUGGGUUCGCUCUCUUUGCCUUGUGGGGGGCGGUGUGAUCUGUUCUGCAAUGACUCUGUGUGUGGGUGGGUGCCUCAGUUUCCCCGGGCACUGCCACACUAUCUGGACGAGGAGGGGGAGGCUGGGGAGGACUCACUGGGGAGGAAUAUGCAGCCUCUCCGUCCUGAGGGCCAGGAGACAGCAGGUAACCCCCUGGGCCAGGAAAGGGAACAAAGGGGGCUGGGGGGGGGACCCCUUCUCCCCGAAGAUACUGGCUGCUCUGGGUCCCUGUGCUACACUGUGUCCCUGCCAACCAAUAAACCUUCCGUU